AUGUCCAUGAUCCUCCGCUCCACCUCGCGCGCCGUCACGCGCCCCCACCUCGCCAAGGGCGUCCGCUUUGCCCACGUCGAGAACACGGUGGACAACACCAUCCCCGGCGGCAUCUCGCGUACUUCCUUCCGCAUCAAGUUCAUCAUCUACUCCCUCACGGGCGGCAUCAUCGUCCCCGUGGCCGGCUGGCUCAUCCCCAUCAAGAAGGCCGAGAACGGCGGGUCGAUCUGA